AUGUCCGUCACCCUACACACCACUCAGGGUGAUCUUAAAAUUGAGGUCUUCUGUGAAAGCGUGCCCAAGACCGCUGAGAACUUCUUAGCACUAUGUGCAUCAAACUACUAUCACCAAUCACCAAUUCAUCGACUGAUCCCUGGGUUCAUGGUUCAAACAGGUGGUCCAGCAAACCCUACGCCAGAUAACCCAAAAGGCGGCCGGUCAAUAUGGGGCGGGACAUUUGAGGACGAGAUCCGGCCAGCCCUUAAGCACAAUGCCCGUGGAAUUGUAUCAAUGGCAAAUAAAGGACCUGGGACCAACGGCUCACAGUUUUUUAUUAUUUUCGAUAAGGCGCCUCAUCUAGAUGGUUUAAAUACUGUGUUUGGAAAGCUUAUUGGGGAUGAUAGUCUCGCUACUUUAGCUAAACUAGAAGCACUCGAGGUGGACAAGAAAAGUCGACCAAAGGAGAAGGUGUUGGUCGAGAAGGUGACUAUCCACGCUAAUCCGUUGGCAGCGUGA